GGCGCGGGGAGGAGCCGGCGGGAGGAGGCGGUGCUCCCGAGGGCCGAGCGGCGAGCUGCGACCCGGCGGCCCUGACCCCGCGGCUCCGCGGAGGGCGAGCGCGGCGGCGGACAAAGGAGCAUGUCGUUGCGAAGCAGGACCGAUCUUCGGGCCGCCGGGAGGCUCGGGCCACCGCCAGGCCCGCCCCGCCCCGCCGCCGCCCGCUAGGCCGGUGCCGCCUCUCGGCCCCGCAGGCCGGGUCAGCGGCAUGGAGCCGCCGCCGCCGCUGCGGCUGCUGGCGCUGGCGCUGGCGCUGCUCGCCCUGCUGUGGGGAGGAGAGCGCGGGGCCGUGGCGCUGCCCGCGGGCUGCAAGCACGACGGUCGGGCCCGGGGUACCGGCAGGGCGGCCGGCACCGAGGGGAAGGUGGUGUGCAGCAGCUUGGAGCUCGCGCAGGUUCUGCCCCCGGACACGCUGCCCAACCGCACGGUCACCCUGAUUUUGAGCAACAACAAGAUAUCUGAGCUGAAGAAUGGCUCAUUUUCUGGGUUAAGUCUCCUUGAAAGACUGGACCUCCGGAACAACCUUAUUAGUAGGAUAGCCCCAGGUGCCUUUUGGGGACUGUCUUCUCUGAAGAGAUUGGACCUGACAAACAACCGAAUAGGUUGUCUGAACGCAGAUGUAUUUCGAGGACUCACCAAUCUGGUUCGGCUAAACCUCUCAGGGAAUCUGUUUACUUCACUGUCUCAAGGAACUUUUGACUAUCUUGGCUCGUUGCGGUCUUUAGAAUUUCAGACUGAGUACCUUUUGUGUGACUGUAACAUUCUAUGGAUGCAUCGCUGGGUAAAGGAGAGAAACAUCACUGUGCGGGACACCAGGUGUGUUUAUCCUAAGUCACUGCAGGCCCAGCCAGUCACGGGGGUGAAGCAGGAGCUCCUGACUUGCGAUCCUCCCCUGGAACUGCCGUCCUUCUACAUGACUCCAUCGCACCGCCAGGUAGUGUUUGAAGGUGACAGUCUUCCCUUCCAGUGCAUGGCUUCCUAUAUAGACCAGGACAUGCAAGUGCUGUGGUAUCAGGACGGGCGCAUUGUUGAAACCGAUGAGUCUCAAGGAAUCUUUGUGGAGAAAAGCAUGAUUCACAACUGCUCCUUGAUUGCGAGUGCCCUAACCAUUUCUAAUAUUCAAGCUGGAUCUACUGGAAAUUGGGGCUGUCAUGUUCAGACCAAACGUGGGAAUAAUACAAGAACUGUUGAUAUCGUGGUAUUAGAAAGCUCUGCCCAGUACUGUCCACCGGAGAGGGUUGUGAACAACAAAGGUGAUUUCAGAUGGCCCAGGACACUGGCGGGCAUCACAGCGUAUCUCCAGUGUACCCGGAACACGCACAGCAGUGGCAUCUAUCCUGGAAACGCACAGGAUGAAAGGAAGGCAUGGCGCAGAUGCGACAGAGGUGGCUUUUGGGCAGAUGAUGAUUAUUCUCGGUGCCAGUAUGCAAAUGAUGUCACUAGAGUUCUCUAUAUGUUUAAUCAGAUGCCCCUCAAUCUUACCAAUGCGGUAGCUACAGCUCGCCAGCUGCUGGCUUACACAGUGGAGGCUGCCAACUUCUCUGACAAAAUGGAUGUUAUAUUUGUGGCUGAAAUGAUAGAAAAGUUUGGAAGAUUUACCAAAGAGGAAAAAUCAAAAGAGCUUGGUGACGUGAUGGUCGACGUGGCAAGCAACAUCAUGCUGGCUGAUGAGCGGGUCCUGUGGCUGGCCCAGAGGGAAGCACAGGCCUGCAGUCGGAUUGUCCAGUGCCUGCAGCGCAUCGCCACACAUCGCCUGGCCAGCGGGGCUCACGUGUACUCCACAUAUUCGCCCAAUAUUGCUCUGGAAGCGUAUGUCAUCAAGGCUGCCGGCUUCACAGGGAUGACCUGCUCCGUGUUCCAGAAAGUGGCUGCCUCCGACCGCGCAGGUCUUCCUGACUAUGGGCGACGGGAUCCGGAUGGGAACCUGGACAAACAGCUGAGCUUCAAAUGCAAUGUUUCCAGCACCUUCUCAAGCCUGGCCCUGAAGAACACCAUCAUGGAGGCCUCUAUCCAGCUUCCUCCCUCCCUUUUCUCACCAAAACAGCGGCGAGAGAUCCGAGCGGCUGAUGACUCCCUCUAUAAGCUUCAACUCAUUGCCUUCCGCAAUGGAAAGCUUUUUCCAGCCACUGGAAAUUCAACAAAGUUGGCAGACGAUGGCAAACGGCGGACAGUAGUGACCCCUGUGAUCCUCACAAAAAUAGAUGGUGUGACCGUAGAUACCCGCCACAUCCCUGUUAAUGUGACUCUGCGCCGAAUCGCCCACGGAGCAGAUGCAGUCGCAGCGCAGUGGGACUUUGAUUUGCUGGACGGACAAGGAGGCUGGAAGUCAGAUGGGUGCUGUAUACUCUACUCGGAUGAGAACGUCACCAGCAUUCAGUGUGGCUCCCUGGGCAACUAUGCUGUGCUAAUGGUGUGGCCGUUGUUAGCUUGGUGUAUAAAUACUAGAUAUUCUAAUGAUCUCUAUAUGAAGCUUGAAAAUGGAUAUUUUGCAGGUGAUAGGAUUGUCAUGAUAGUGACACCAGGAAUCUUUGCACACAGCUUUUGCUGGGUCGUCCUGGAGGAGACUGUGGGAGUGCAUACUGGAGGCUGGGUGGUGGGCACAGGAGCAAGAGGGCCUGAAGGGCACUGGGGUUUUCAUGUGCAGGUCCCUGCAGAGCUGUCUCUAGGGAGUACAUGGUCCAUCUUGAUCCGAAUCAGUCUCAAGAGCUGGCACAUGCUCGUGAACUUGUGCUUUCAUAUUUUCCUGACCUGCGUGGUGUUUGUCGGAGGAAUAACCCAGACCAGAAAUGCCAGCGUCUGUCAAGCGGUUGGGAUCAUUCUUCAUUAUUCUACCCUUGCCACGGUAUUGUGGGUUGGAGUCACUGCUAGAAAUAUCUACAAACAAGUCACUAAGAAAGCGAAGAGGUGCCAGGAUCCCGAUGAGCCGCCCGCUCCGCCCCGGCCCAUGCUAAGGUUCUACCUGAUUGGUGGAGGGAUCCCCAUCAUAGUGUGUGGAAUCACCGCAGCAGCAAACAUCAAGAACUAUGGCAGCCGGCCCAGUGCACCCUAUUGCUGGAUGGCCUGGGAACCGUCCUUGGGAGCCUUCUAUGGACCUGCCAGCUUCAUCACGUUUGUAAACUGUAUGUAUUUUCUAAGCAUAUUUAUUCAGUUGAAAAGACACCCUGAGCGCAAAUAUGAGCUCAAGGAGCCCGCAGAAGAGCAGCAGAGAUUGGCAGCCAAUGAAAAUGGUGAAGUAAAUCAUCAGGACUCGAUGUCUUUGUCUCUCAUCUCUACAUCCACACUGGAGAAUGAGCACAGCUUUCAGUCUCAGCUUUUGGGGGCCAGCCUUACCUUGCUUCUGUAUGUCACCUUGUGGGUAUCUGGUGCCAUGGCUGUGUCUCUGUAUUACCCUUUGGACUUGGUUUUUAGCUUCUUCUUUGGAGCCAUUUGUUUAAGCUUCAGUGCUUUCAUCAUGGUGCACCAUUGCAUCAACAGGGAGGAUGUGAGACUUGCAUGGAUCAUGAUGUGCUGCCCAGGACGGAGCUCAUACUCGGUGCAAGUCAACGUCCAGCCUCCCAACUCAAGUGUAACUAAUGGAGACGCUCCAAAAUGCACCAAUAGCAGCGCAGAGUCUUCCUGCACAAACAAAAGUGCAUCGAGCUUCAAAAACUCUUCCCAGGGCUGCAAGCUAACAAACUUGCAGGCUGCUGCGGCGCAGUACCACAGCAAUGCCUUACCUGUGAAUGCCGCACCUCAGCUUGAUAACAGUUUGACAGAACACUCGAUGGACAACGAUAUUAAAAUGCACGUAGCUCCUUUAGACGUGCAGUUUCGAACAAACGUGCAUCCAAGCCGCCAUCAUAAAAACCGAAGUAAAGGACACCGGGCCAGCAGGCUCACAGUCCUGCGAGAGUAUGCCUAUGACGUCCCAACGAGCGUGGAAGGAAGCGUGCAGAAUGGCUUAGCUAAAAGCAGGUCAGGCAGCAAUGAAGGACAUUCGAGAAGUAGGAGAGCUUAUUUAGCCUAUAGAGAGAGACAGUACAACCCACCCCAACAGGACAGCAGUGAUGCUUGUAGCACACUUCCCAAAAGUAGCCGAAAUGUUGAAAAGCCUGUUUCAACUAGUAGUAAGAAAGAUGUCCCAAGGAAGCCAGCUGCUGCUGACCUUGAAAGUCAGCAGAAAUAUUAUGGCCUGAACUUAGCUGUUCAGAAUGGACCAGUUAAAAGCAGUGGGCAGGAAGGACCUUUGCUAGCUACUGAUGUUCCUGGUAAUGUUAGGACUGGGUUAUGGAAGCAUGAAACGACUGUGUAGCAUUGAAGGGGGCUUCCAAAACAGAGGGCGACACUGUGACACUCGCAUUCCUGUAAGCUAUGAACUCAGCAACAAACUGUUUACAGCCACCAUGGGGAUACAAAACAGUUCUGAAUAUUCUUUUGAGUUUUGGGAUUUACUUAUUUUAUAUUCCGAAAUUGCUUCCUCCCCCAGAGUUAAAAAAAUGUUUUAAAACAUUGUUUUACUUGUCAAAGCACCAAUAAGAUAUUUUCGAAGUUUGAAAAUAUAAUUUCUUAGAAUCUGUUAUAUUUCCUUAACAUUUGAGGCUUGUAUUUAAUAAAAUAAAUAGAAGUU